AAAGUUGCAUUUUUCAUUUUCGGGUUUUCCACGAUUCUUUUUCUCCUUUUUGAUUUUGUACCGAUCCCAGCGCUCGUUUUAAUAUUUUCCGGAAAACAUAAAAACGAUCAGAUCCUCAUUUUUGGUUUCCUCCUGUUGAUCUGCAUCGUUAACACUGAACAUGUUCAAACAUGAACCAAGUUGAUUUUCCUGCAUAGAAUUCUCUGGUUUGUAGUGAGUUUUUCUGAUUUCUCCUUCCAUCCGCAUUGCAUCCAGGAUGUCCUGCCCCUCCUCCACAAUAAUCAGCGCCUUCCUCCGCAGUUGUUUGCGGGUACGGAUCCCGCAGAAACCCCCGCAUCCCUUGGGAUCCCUUCGCUGUUUCUCAUCCAGUCCUGUGACCAGUCCGACCAAAGUCGUCAGUUCGCACUGCAACGUAGGGACUAUCGGGCAUGUGGACCACGGGAAGACCACGUUGACGUCGGCCAUCACGCGGGUCCUGGCGCGGCAGGGCGGCGCGCAGUUCGUGGCGUACGAUCAGAUUGAUAAGGCGCCCGAGGAGAUCCGUCGCGGGAUCACCAUCAAUGUCGCCCAUAUUGGGUACAAGACGGCCAAACGGCAUUACGCCCAUACGGACUGCCCCGGACACAAGGAUUAUGUGAAAAAUAUGAUCAGCGGGACGUCGCAGAUGGACGCGGCCAUCCUGGUGGUGGCCGCCACCGACGGGCACAUGCCGCAGACGCGCGAACAUCUCCUGCUGGCCAAACAGAUCGGCGUGCAGCGCAUCAUCGUCUUCGUCAACAAGACCGACCUGGUGGACGCGGAGACGCUGGAGCUGGUGGAGAUUGAGAUGCGCGAACUGCUGACGCAGUACGG